GGUAUUAGCUUGAAUGCGGAUAGAGAGCACCUAGGGAGGAAGCAUUGGGACACAAAACAACUCAGAGUUCCUUUCUCUCAUGUUAUAAAGUCUUCUUGUUCUCUAUUUGAAGACUAAAACCACCCGAACAUGGACUCUAUUGACUUAUCGAUGCUGAGAGAUCCUGAGGGUAUCUUUGAACUGAUUGAAGUGGUCGGCAAUGGGACGUACGGACAAGUGUUCAAGGGGCGUCAUGUUAAAACAGGCCAGCUGGCAGCUAUAAAGAUCAUGGAAGUCACAGAGGACGAAGAGGAGGAGAUUCGUUUGGAAGUAGAUGUCUUGAGAAAGUAUUCAUACCACACUAACAUUGCUACCUAUUACGGAGCUUUUGUGAAGAAGAGUGAGCCCGGGACUGAAGACCAGUUGUGGUUGGUUAUGGAAUUCUGUGGUGCUGGCUCUAUCACAGACCUUGUCAAAUCUACUAAGACAAGGUCUCUGAAGGAAGAGUGGAUAGCAUAUGUAGCCAGAGAGGUCCUAAGGGGUCUCAGCCACCUCCACAAAAACAAAGUCAUACACAGAGAUAUCAAAGGACAGAAUGUCUUAUUAACUGAUAAUGCUGACAUCAAACUGGUUGAUUUCGGUGUUUCGGCUCAGUUAGAUCGAACGAUUGGAAAACGUAAUACAUUUAUAGGGACCCCAUACUGGAUGGCCCCCGAAGUUAUUGCUUGUGAUCAAGACCCCCAUGCCACAUAUGAUUAUAGGAGUGAUCAAUGGUCCCUUGGGAUUACUUCAAUAGAGAUUGCCGAAGGAGAGCCCCCAUUGUGUAGUAUGCAUCCAAUGCGUGCACUGUUUUUAAUUCCUCGUAACCCUCCACCACGUCUUAAAAUGCCCAAGAAAUGGUCCCCCAAAUUCACUAGUUUUAUUGAUCAGUGUUUGACCAAAGAUCCCACUAAGCGUCCUACAUCUGAUGAAUUACUUAGGCAUCCGUUUGUCAAUGAUUUCCCUGAGCGUCAAGUCCGUAUUCAAAUGAAAGAUCAAAUUGAUCGCAUGAAGCGCAAGAAAGUAAUGGACGACCAUUUGAGCUCAGACGAAGAAGGCUCAUUGGAACAACCUACAAUUAAGAAAGGAGGAGGAGACACAACUGGUUCAGGUGGAAAGCCCAAGACAGAAGAUGAAGAUGACGAUGACGAUGAUGAUAUCCUAGGAGCAGCUGGUGACACUAUACUUACUACAAGAGAACAGGGAGCUUCCGAUGAUUUCACAGCAUCAACGGAUACGAAACUCAGCCAGUAUGCUGAAGAGACUCUCAUUAUUAGACCUGAUUCUGAGCCUAGUUCAUCAUUUCUGCAAGAUAGUUCACCAGAGCAAAGGAAAGCAGAUCAACCCUUCUCUUCUUACCAGCCCUCGGGAGGUGCUAAACCAGGUGGAGCUGUUCCACGUCCCAUUGGUGCAUCUGGUGGUAGACAAGGGGAGAAUGGAGGAGUAGUUAAAGCUGAGGUCACAAAAAUGAAUCCAGAGAUUCGUAAAUACAAGCGUAAAUUCACAUCAGAGAUAUUGUGUGGUGCAUUAUGGGGUGUGAACCUGCUCGUUGGGACUGAUAAUGGAUUAAUGCUCCUGGAUCGCUCCGGACACGGAAAAGUUUUCCCUCUCAUUUCAAGACGGAAGUUUUCACAGAUUGAUGUAUUAGAAGGUUUGAACGUUCUCAUUGGAAUAAACGGACGCAAGAACAAGCUCAGAAUUUAUUACCUGUCCUGGCUGAAGCAGAAAAUCAUGAAGCACGAGCUUGACAGUCCUCACACAAGGCAAGGGUUUGUGCCAGUUGGUGAUCUGGAGCAUUGCGUUCACUAUAAAGUUGCACGUUCUGACAAGAUGAAGUAUUUAGUCAUUGGAACUAAAACUGGAGUGGAGGUGUAUGCUUGGGCUCAGAGACCUUAUUCAAAAUUUAUGGCAUUCAAGUCAUUCCCUGAUCUACCAAACAAGCCCAUACUGGUAGACAUGGUCCAUAUGCCUGGUGGUAAGAGUAAAGUCGUGUAUGCUUCCACUAGUGGUUUCCAUGCUGUUGAUAUGGAUACUGGCGUCGUACAAAAUAUAUACAUACCCGCUGCUGCUGCCCGUGGUCCCAUUUUACCUCAUGCUAUUAUCCCUCUUCCAUCUAAACCAUCGGAACUCCUUCUCUGUCACAAUAAUGAAGGCGUGUAUGUUGAUAGCGAGGGACGCUCUACAAAGGACACUCGUCUUCAAUGGGGAGAAGAACCUUCUUCUGUGGCUCUCAUUGGUGAGUCACAUGUCAUGGGCUGGGGAUCUAAAGCAAUUGAAAUCAGAGCUGUUGAGUCCGGUCAACUGGAUGGUGUCUUUAUGCACAAGAGGACACAAAAGCUUCGUUUCUUGUGUGAAAGAAAUGAUAAAGUAUUUUUUGCUUCUAUUCGAUCAACUUCUAAUAGCCAAGUUUAUUUUAUGGCUCUUAAUCGUAGCCUCGUACCAAGUUCCUCCUCAUCGUCUUAACUUGCAAGGAUCUGCUACACUUUUGUAUUCAUUGAAGUGACAUAGUGUGUUGUUAGAAGUGGUUAAUAAUAAUAAUAAUAAUAAUAUUAAUUUUAAUAUUAAUAAUAAUAAUUACAAUUAAGAUGUUUAUUUGAUGUGCUUCAAGUUUCUUAUCAAAAAUAUUAUUACUACUAAA